CCAUUAUAAUGCCGCCGCUUCCAUGUGUACAUAGAGAAAAGGAUACCUGCCAUAUUUCACAAACGUGGCACGCGUCCGGGUGACGUUUAUCAGCUUUUUAUUAUGACUCGUCGUCGUGUACUACGAAACUCGGUUAUUAUUUACUUUCUUCGAUGUCUAAGGUGAAAUGGUGAUUUUACAAAAAUGCUGCUGCGGAUUAACCCUUAGAACCGGAUCGUUGAUAAUAUGCUAUAUUGUUCUGGUGGAAAAUACACUGUCUUUUUUGAACGUAGUCACAUAUUCCGGCGAGGUAUCUCCUGCCAAGUCGUUAAUAUCGAACAGAAAUGAAACCAGUGGUGCGAGAUUCUUCAAUAUUUGGACGUCGGUGUUCAAUAUUAUCAUCGACUGUACUGGGCUGUAUGGAAUUUAUAAAGGCAGAGCUCCUUUACUCAUACCAUUCCUAGCAUAUCGAACGGUUACUCUGGUAUUUAUGUUAUUUACAUUACUGAAUGCGAAAAAUAUCGCCGAUGCUUUAUCCGAAGAGAUUGAAAAACAAGUCGAAAAUGGAAAUGAACCGCCAGAUUUAUUUCCAGCUGUUCUUUUACUCAUAAUUCUAAUGAUGGCAUUGGAGUUGUAUUGUGUGUUGAUCGUGUAUAGUUAUUAUCAAAUAUUGUGCCAAAGUACAAGAAUGAUCGCCGUCAAUGUGCCAAUCGUUUCGUAUUCGACGCAGCCCCACGAUCAGCUGAGUAUGUAUGCUCAGCCACCGGUCAAUCCGUAUUUGUUUCAAGCACCCAAAUACCCUUAUCAGUAUGAAAAUGGAAUCAAUGGAGUCAAUAAGUACGCUUAUAAUCCCAACAUGUAUCCGAAUCCUGAUCAGUUACCUCCUCCGUAUGGCACCUGACAUGACGUCUAUUGAUUUGAAAAAUUUUAAUUUUAAUUUUGAUGCAUAUGAUAUGUGUAAUUUUUGAUUUUGUGUUUAUAUUUUUUUCUAAAUUUAUAUUCAUCUUAUGUUAUACUAACCUACAUGUACGUACUCUCAUUAAGUCUGUGUUCUUUCAAGAGCCUGUGUUUCAAUUUGUUAAUUAUUAAACACUUAUUGAUAUUUUGCAAUUUGAGGCAGUUUUCGUACUUGGAAUAUUUUAAAGUUGUCCCUUCAGAGUACAGUAGACUUCCGCUUAUCCGGACUAACUGGGGAAUUUGGUUGUCCGGAUAAUCAAAAAUCCGGAUAAUACGGAUUAUUAUUUUUUUGGUGGAAUUUUUGGUAGAAAAUGACUGUUUUUUGGAUAAUGAUGAUGUAUUUUUGUUAUUUUUGAUAAAAAGUGCUAAGGAUAAAUCUUAUUUCUUCACAGAAUAGAGAAAAACAAACCAAAAACAAAGAUUACAAAAAUUUUUGACCAUGUACUCGUGAGUAAUUCGUGAAUGCUUGUCCGGAUAAUACGGAUUUUGUCCGGAUAACCGAGAAGUCCGGAUAAUAAGGAGAAUUUAUUUUCGUCCGGAUAAUACGGCUGUCCGGAUAAGCGGAAGCCGGAUAAGCGGAAGUCUACUGUACUUGGUAAAAAAAUUGCCCAGAUACUUGCACUUAUUCGUGCAUCCACCCCUUCAAAUAUGAAUGCUGCAAUUCGUGAGUUAUCGAAGUGUUAUGGUUUGCCAAUUUUCAAAUCGAACUUGAAUUCAAAUAAAAAAUUAGGUGAUUUUGAA